AAUCAGCAGGGACUAAGCUUGUUACGGUUCGCGCCAUUGCGCCGUUCGACCAAUCAGCGCGUGUCUGUGACGCGCGAAACGUCAGUGUUUUCCCGGGAGCAGGAAAUCACCACUUCGCGGCUUGAUUUCUCUAGCGUUUUCACUCGGCUCUCCAAAACUAACCAUGAUUUCAACAAACAUGUUUUAUGGAAAGAGGAAGGCGGUUGUGAUUGUUCCAGCCAACCCUGCCAUCAGCGAUGACGAAGAGGAUGAGGAAGAUGAUGUGGAGGUCGAUCCUGAUUACAUUCCAGUCAGCCACAACCUGGACACUCCCACCACAAGUGAGAUGAGUCCUCCUGCCAAGAGGAGACAUGUGCAGCCUGCAGUGGAGGUGAUCCUGGUCCUCAGGUGGAAGGACAAUAAAGUUGUCACUCUGCUUUCGACAGACAUGGGAGUGGAACCUCUGUCAUCUGUCUACAGGUUCUCCAGUGAAUCCAAAAAGAAGGAACCUGUGAGCUGUCCUGCAGUCAUCAAAAGCUACAAUUCCAACAUGGGGGGGAUUGACAAGAGCGACAUGUUGGUGCACCUGUACCGCACCCCCAUGAAGUCCAAGAGGUGGUAUAUGCGUCUGUUUGCAUACACUAUUGAUCUGGCCAUCUCAAAUGCCUGGCUGAUGUACAGGCGGGACUGCAAGGAACUGAAACUGGACAGCCAGUCUCUGAAAAGCUUCCGGAUCGAGGUGUUCAAGCAUGCCUCUAACCAAAGGCUGUCUGUAGUUCGCUUAGGAAGAAGCUCUGACAGUCUGAGAGCUGCCUUUGAUGUUCCCAAGCCAGUCCGAGGACAUCGCUGCUCCAACCCCACUGAGGCUGUGCGUUUCGACCACUCCGUGUUCCACGUUCCUGUCUACACUCAUCGCCAAACAUGCAAGUACUGCAGCAGGAAAGACAACAUUGCAAGGUCCAAUGUUUUCUGCGGGGUUUGCAAGGUCCAUCUCUGCCUAAAUGCAACACGCAACUGCUUUGCUGAGUACCACAACCCUAAAUAA